UUGAGUGUUAUGAAAUAAAGUUUCAAGUUUUUAAUGUAAUCGUUCAAGAUUCUUCUUUAUAAUCCCUCCUUGUAUUAUAUUUUUAAGAAUAUAGAAAUGAGAAAGAUUCAAAUGAGGAGAUUGAUUGUGUUUGAGAUAAGUGACCACCAAUGAAUGGUCUUAAUUGGAACAGUAACACAGAAGCAAAGAUAGAUCACAACAUAUUUGGGAAUAUUUGAUAAGCAUUGUGCCUUCCCUUCACCCCUGUGACACAUUUCAGUUCACCCAGCUGUUAUCAAGUACAUAACCAUUUUUGAAUGUAGAAUCCAGUCAAAGGUCUCUGUUGUAUCGCGCUGCUACUGCAAUUACUUACGCUUAACUUCUGUCCGAGAGAAUAUUACUGGUGUUAUUAACUUGUUGCCACAAAGCUAUGUCGUUCGUUUAGAUUGCGACUGACCAUACAACAAGUUAGACAGCUUUAGCGGGUUAACUCGCGCGUUACGAGAUCAGUCAUUUAAGUAAAAAACAAGAUUGUUGAACAACUAUUGCAUUCAACGCACUGAUUCUAAAGUCUCAACGAAGUGACGGAGUGUGCCCGCGAGUGUGUAUGUGCCUGGGUGGAUUGUGAAAAAGUUGUGAAACUGCAUCCAACGAAUAAAAAAAAACAACAAAAGUCAUUAACUGAAACCAAAGCGUGAUAAUGAGUGUAAAAAUUAAUCCCGACUUGCAAAAAGAACGCAAUACUGCCACAUUUGUUCCAGAGGAGUUCACUGUUUGGUGGAAGGGUGGCCAAAAAAAAUAUGAACAAAUUCUGGCUUUGGAGGAAAUGUUCCUCAACGAUCCCGAACUGAAGGAUGAUCUGCCAAUUUCUUAUAUGUCACACAAGGAACUUUACGAGCAUGCCAUACGUAAAUCGGUAAGAAUUGCCGAAAAGAUACGUGAGAUUCGUAACAAUGGUGAAGACAAUGUCGAGACCUAUAAUGCCCUCUUGGGCGGUUCUCUGGGCACCGCUUUGCUCAAGGAGGGCAAUCCCAUGGCAUUGCAUUUUGUUAUGUUUGUACCGACCAUUAUGGGCCAGGGCACAAUGGAUCAACAGGUUGAAUGGUUGUCAAAGGCAUGGGACUGUUCCAUCAUUGGUACAUAUGCUCAAACCGAAUUGGGACAUGGUACUUUUUUGCGUGGCCUAGAGACCCGGGCGGACUAUGAUGAAAAGACACAAGAAUUUGUUUUGAACUCACCCACGAUUACAUCAUACAAAUGGUGGCCUGGAGGAUUGGGUCAAACCGCCAAUUAUGCCGUUGUUGUUGCUCAACUCUUUACCAAAGGCGAAUUCCGUGGCCUGGCUCCCUUCAUUGUCCAGGUGCGUGACGAGGAAACCCACAUGCCUUUGCCGGGCAUUGAUAUUGGUGAAAUUGGCUCGAAAUUGAGUAUGAAAUCUGUUAACCAAGGUUAUUUGGGGUUCAAAAAUGUGCGCAUCCCCCUCAAUCACAUGUUGAUGAAGAAUCAACAAGUGCUGCCGGAUGGUACAUAUGUACCACCCAAAAAUUCCGUCUUAACCUAUGGCACCAUGAUGUUCGUGCGUGUUGCCUUGGUCCGUGAUGCUGCCAUGGCAUUGGCAAAAGCCUCAACAAUUGCCUGUCGUUAUUCGGCCGUACGUCGCCAAAGUCCCAUUGAUCCCAAAGAACCGGAACCACAAAUUAUGGAUCACACGACACAACAGCUUAAAGUAUUUCCCAUCAUAGCCAAGGCCAUUGUGUUCAAAGCGAACGGUGAAAAUAUAUGGAAUAUGUACAACACAAUUACAGCUGAGGUGGAGAAGGGGGCAUUGGAUCGUUUGCCCGAAAUGCAUGCGUUAUCUUGUUGUCUAAAGGCUAUUGUGAGUGCAGAUGCUGCUGCUGGUGUAGAGACAUGUCGUCUGUCUUGUGGUGGUCAUGGUUUCAUGGAUAGUUCUAAUUUCCCCACCUUAUAUGGUAUGGCCACGGCUGUGUGUACUUAUGAAGGUGAAAAUACGGUAAUGUUAUUGCAAACUGCCCGCUAUUUGGUGAAGGUCUAUGGCCAGGCAUUGAACGGUGUUAAAUUGGUACCGACCGUUGCGUACAUCAAUGAAGCUGUCAAAACAAAGGAGUUCCGUAAUUUUGAUGGUUCGAUGGAAUCGAUUGUGCGAGCCUUCCAGUUCGUUGCUGCCAACAAAGUUCGCAUUGCCUAUGAACGCAUGGAACAGCGUCGUAAACAAGGCUAUGGCCCUGAAGUAAGCGCCAAUAUGUGUGGCAUUGAAUUAACCCAAGCUGCUGAUCUCCAUGGUCGUGCCUUCUUGGCCUCAUCUGCCCUCUAUGAAUUAACCAAACUAUCUACACAAGUUUCCAAAGCCUUGGCCGAGGUAUUAAUGGUGAUUUUGGAAUUGUAUCUCGUUGAUGCUUGCCUGAAUCGUCUGGGCGAUUUCUUGAGAUUCAUUGAUCUUACGGACAGUGAUGUCAGCAAUUUGGAAUUACGUUUACAAAACUGUCUUAAACGCCUGCGUCCCAAUGCUGUGGCCAUGGUAGAUGGCUUCGGUAUCCACGAUCGUAUUUUGGAUUCGGCAUUGGGUGUUUACGAUGGCAAUGUGUAUGAGAGAAUGUUCGAAGAAGCCAAAAAGAGUCCAUUGAAUAAGGAACCUGUAAAUCAAUCAUUCCACAAGUACUUGAAACCAUUUAUGAAGGCUAAUUUGUAAAUGUUUUUUUUUUUUUUUUUGGUUUCUUUCUAAAAAGUACCAAAACGUGUAAUUUUUGUACAUAGUAUUAUGUAUGUAUGUAUUCUUGUAGUUAGUGUUUUUAUAAUAUUCAUUGUAAAUUAGUGUAAAUAUUUGUUGAACAUUGUUAUAAAAUGGUUGUUAUUUUUUUAUACACCAAAUACAUUUUUUUAACCUUGAUAAUUUA